CGGGAGGAAUGCUCUCGCGCCCCGGAGGGGAAGCGGGAAAUCGCUGCGAUUCCCUUCUCGCCCCCGGGCCCUUCGCUGGGGCGGGGGGAGUCGGGGCCGGCAGAGGCCGGUGCGCAGGGACCGAGCCCCGCAGUCCCGUGGAGCGCGCAGGUGGGGCUGAGCUCCGGGCGGACCUGGGUGUGCGAGGCCCGUGAGCCCGGCGCCUGAGGCACGAGGGGAAAACCCACUAUACCCGUGCCGCAGGCGCGGGCGGUGGGUCUGCCGCGAGACCCCGAGGUCUGGAGUCGGACAGAUGGGUCCCAGCUCUGUCCCCCGCGAGCAGCGCCGAGAGGGGCCUGGGCAAGACCCUGCUUUCUCCUCGGAGGAUGAGCCUGCUCCGUGGCGCUGUUUGGAAACUGAGGUUGAAGUCAUCGCCUGCGAAGCAGAGAGCGAAGCGCAGGUUCUUGAGCCCUGAGUGACGUGCCGAGGCCACAGGCUGGCCGAGAGGGAGCUCUGACUCGGGCAGACGCUGGGCUACUCUCACACAGGUCCAUCACCAUGUGUGACACUAAUGAUACGAUCCCGGCUGCACAGGAUUCCAGAAUGAUGGUUCCCAAAGGGUUUUCCAAAGUUAGCUACUUCGGGCUGCUUUGAAAGCUUCAAAGACAUUAGGCGUGAAAGGUGCAGUGACUCUCCCGGGAUACUUGGUUUGUGACAGAACCAGGAGGAAGACGCCGUGGUUCAUCCUCUCGUAGCUGAGCCUUCACGGUUCUCUGCAGCGUCCCAAAAGCCACAGAUGAUGAACACAUCUCAGGCAUCAGUGUCAUUCAAGGACGUGAGUGUGGAGUUCACCCCGGAGGAGUGGCAGCACGUGAGCCCAGCUCAGAGGACCCUGUACAGAGACGUGAUGCUGGAGAACUACAGCCACCUCGUCUCACUGGGGUGUUGCUUUACAAAACCAGGACUUAUCUUCAUAUUGGAACAAGGAGAAGAUCCAUGGUUGUUAGAUAAAGAAUUUCUAAGCAGGAGCUCCCCAGAAGACUUUCAUCCUGAUGAAUUGCCAGAGAAGAGCCCAGAAAACCAAGACAAAUAUUUGUGGCCGCUUUUAUUCACCAACAAAUCCUUGACUACAAGUCAAGAAAUGCCAUGUAAUCUGGACAUGAACCAUCUUACUGCAAGGACUCCCUGUAAAUGUGGUGUGGCAGGGGCUACUUACCUGGGUGCCAGCCCACUGGCCCCACACGACCACUGCUCAAGAGAAAAGGCUCAUGAGCUUAACUUAUGUGAGAAAUGGCUCCUCAAUAUUAAGAACUGCAGAACUAAUACUUGCAGGAAAGGUUUUGUUUAUAAUAAAAAUUUAAAAGCCCUAAGUCUUAAAGAGCAAGUUAUCCAGCAUCAGAAAAUUCAGAACUUGGGACAAGCUUGUAAAUAUAAUGAAAGUGGAAAAGAUUUCUUUGGAAAAACUGUCCUUAUUACAUCUCAAAGUGCCCACCGAAAAGUGGAAUCUUAUAAAUUGAAUAAACCUGGGGAAAACCAAUGUGCUAAAUCAACAUUUAUUGUCUCUCAGAGUAUUCAUCCAGAGAAGAGUCACUAUGGAUUUAGUGAAAAUGGAAAUAGUUUCAAUAGGACCACUCAAAAAACUGACACAAAAGGGAAAUCUUCCAGCCAAAAGUCACACAUUGGAGAUCAUGAGAGAAUUCAUACAGAGGUGAAAUACGGUGCAUAUGGGAAAAAGCUUAACCAUGAUUCUGCACUCCUGCUCCGUCAGGGAACUCACAUAUCAGAUAAAUCCUCUGAGGAUAGCACAUGUACAAAGAUAUCCACCUACCAGCCCACUUUUAAUGUACAUCAGCGAACUAACAUAAGAUCAAAACCCAAUGAAUGUAAUGAAUAUGGAAAAUGCUGCUCUUUGAAUUCCUGUGUAAUUCAUACUCAGAAAAGUCCCUCAGGAGAGAAACCUUAUGAAUGUCAUGAAUGUGGGAAAGCUUUCAGUGAGAAGUCGCGCCUAAGGAAACAUCAGAGAACCCACACCGGGGAGAAACCAUAUAAAUGUGAUGGAUGUGAGAAAGCUUUCAGAGCCAAGUCAGGCCUAAGGAUACAUCAGAGAACUCACACAGGGGAGAAACCCUUUGAAUGUAAUGACUGUGGGAAAUCCUUCAACUAUAAGUCAAUACUUAUAGUACAUCAGAGAACUCACACAGGGGAGAAACCCUUUGAAUGUAAUGACUGUGGGGAAGCUUUCAGUCAGAAGUCAAACCUCAGAGUGCAUCACAGAACCCAUACUGGGGAGAAGCCCUUUAAGUGUGAUGAGUGUGGAAAAACUUUCAGACAGAAAUCAAACCUCAGAGGACAUCAGAGAACGCACACAGGGGAGAAGCCCUACAAAUGUAGUGACUGUGGAAAAGCUUUCAGUGAGAAGUCAGACCUAAGAAAACAUCAGAGAACUCACACAGGGGAGAAACCUUACCCUUGUAACCAGUGUGGGGAAGCUUUUAGUCAGAAAACAAACCUCAGAGGACAUCAGAGAACGCACACAGGGGAGAAGCCCUACGAAUGUAGUGACUGUGGAAAAGCUUUCAGUGAGAAGUCAGACCUAAGAAAACAUCAGAGAACGCACACAGGGGAGAAACCUUAUAAAUGUGAUAAAUGUGUAAAAGCUUUCAGCCAUAAAUCAAGCCUUAGAGAACAUCAGAAGUCCCACACAGAGAAUUAACUCUAUGAAU